UUCGGCUCAGGUUACCGAGGAAGGAAAGACAAGAGUUAGACUUGUUGGGCUGUGGACACCAUGGAUCUCAAACAUAAUCGUUCAGUGAAGCUAAAUGAUGGAAACUUAAUGCCAGUGCUUGGACUUGGCACAUUUGCUUCGGAUGGAGUUCCAAAGAGCAAGGCUAACGAGGCCACCAAAAUAGCCAUUGAUGUAGGUUUCCGUCACAUAGAUGCUGCAUACUUCUACCAAAAUGAGGAAGAAGUUGGACAGGCCCUCAGAGACAAGAUCGCUGAUGGAACUGUGAAGAGAGAGGAUUUAUUCUACACCACGAAGAUUUGGACGACUUUCCUUAGACCAGAGUUGGUUCGUCAGUGCCUGGAGAGAUCACUGAAGAAACUUGGGCUGGAUUAUGUAGAUCUCUGCAUUAUUCAUGCACCGUUUGCUAUGAAGCCUGGAGAGGAACUUGUGCCAAAGGAUGCCAGUGGAAAAAUUAUUUUAGACGUAGUGGACAUUCGUGAUACAUGGGAGGCACUGGAGAAGUGUAAAGACUUAGGUUUAACCAAGUCCAUCGGGGUGUCCAAUUUCAACCACAAACAGUUGGAAUUGAUUCUGAACAAACCAGGGCUAAAGUACAAGCCCACUUGCAAUCAGGUAGAAUGUCACCCGUAUCUCAACCAGAGCAAACUUCUGGAGUUCUGCAAGUCCAAAGACAUUGUUCUAGUUGCCUACAGUGCCCUGGGAUCCCACAGAGACCCUAACUGGAUAAGCAGUGAUAGCCCAUACCUUCUGGAGGAACCUAUCUUAAAGACCAUUGCCAAGAAACACAGCCGAACUCCAGGCCAGGUUGCCCUGCGCUACCAGCUACAGAGAGGUGUAGUAGUUUUGGCCAAGAGCUUCAAUGAGAAGAGAAUCAAAGAGAACUUUGAGGUGUUUGAUUUUGAAUUGACCCCGGAUGACAUGAAAGUGAUUGAUGGCCUCAACAGAAAUUUUCGUUAUUCUAAAUUUUCAUUUGUGGUGGAUCACCCUUACUAUCCAUUUUUAGAAGAAUACUGAGCAUGAGCUGUUAAACAUUACAGAGACUCUCCUUCCUCCAGACAUCUGUGUAUCUGUGUUUGGUGGGGUGGUUGAGAAGCAGGAUUUCUGCCUCCAUGUGUUUGUCAAAUGUUACAAAAAUCUCAAGUAUUUUUCCUGAUGAUUAAAAAAAAUAACACACAAAUUACAGAGAAUUUAUAAAAUAAAAAGAAAUAUUUGAUGUA